GCGGCCGCUGAUGGGAGGCGGCGCCCGGGCGGGCAAGCGAGCGACGGCGCCGCGGCCACCAUGGGGAACAAGCAGACCAUCUUCACCGAAGAGCAGCUGGACAACUACCAGGACUGCACCUUCUUCAAUAAGAAGGACAUCCUCAAGCUCCAUGCACGGUUCUAUGAGCUGGCCCCCAACCUCGUCCCUAUGGACUACAGGAAGAGCCCCAUCGUCCAUGUGCCCAUGAGCCUCAUCAUCCAGAUGCCAGAGCUCCGGGAGAAUCCCUUCAAGGAAAGGAUCGUGGAGGCUUUUUCUGAGGACGGAGAGGGAAACCUCACCUUCAAUGACUUUGUGGACAUGUUUUCUGUGCUCUGUGAGUCGGCUCCCCGCGAACUGAAGGCAAACUACGCCUUCAAGAUCUACGACUUCAACACCGACAACUUUAUCUGCAAGGAGGAUCUGGAGCUGACGCUGGCCCGGCUCACCAAGUCGGAGCUAGACGAGGACGAGGUGGUACUCGUGUGUGAUAAGGUCAUCGAGGAGGCCGAUCUGGACGGCGAUGGCAAGCUGGGCUUUGCCGACUUUGAGGACAUGAUCGCCAAGGCCCCUGACUUCCUCAGUACUUUCCACAUCCGGAUCUGAGGACAGUGCAGGUCGCAGGGGCCCAGAAGCCCACCAGUCCAGCUCUGCUCUCUACACAAGUGUGACCUCCAAGCUCCGCGGGAAAGGAGCUGUGGCCUCUGGGGUUUACACCCACGAACAUUUCCUUGGCCCUUUCAGCAAAAAAAUCCUUAACCAGGGAAGGGGGAUAUGAGGAGCAGGGCCCUUCCCAGGCCCCCUGUGGUCUGCCCAGGACCCAUGGUCCUGCCACAGG